AUGGCUGCUGAUAGCUCUACAUUACGCAUUACACCGUUACACAAAACAUUUAUCGCUCAAGUCGAAGGUGUCGACUGGACGGCGCCAAUCUCUGACGCGAUCAUCGCGGAAAUACAAAAGGCGAUCGAUAAAUAUGGCGUGUUGGUUUUUCGUAAAGCAAAUAUCGACAACGAGACGCAGGUAGCUCUAACAGGGAGGUUCGGCAAGCUCGAUUUCAUGCCCACCGUGCACAUCAAGGGGCGCUUUCCUCACACUCCGCAAAUUUUUGACCUAUCCAACCUAGACGAGCGGGGGAACAUCAUCCUGUCGACGAAUCGAUUCUUAUCUAUGUCCAUGAAGGGAAACCAACUGUGGCACGCCGACAUGCAAUACCACCCACACCGUGACAAGUAUUCAAUACUGCGAGGAGUUGAGAUCCCCCCACCUGGCAUGGGUGGCGAGACCGAAUUCGCGGACUCGCGCACAGCAUAUGAAGCCCUGAGCCAGGGAUGGAAGGAGCGCGUGGAGAACAUGGUGAUCAACUGCUCAUUGAUCCACAAUCGACGGACAGGGGCCCCCGAUUUGUACAAGGACGUUGACCCGAUGAAAUGGUCAAUCUCUCGCUGGAAGGCCGUAUAUCCGCAUGAGGGGAGUGGACGCAAGAACCUUUACGUGACGAGCUACGGCUACAAGAUCGAUGGCAUGUCGGUCGAAGAGAGUCAAAAGAUCAUUGGCGAGCUGAUUGCUCAUGGCACACAGCCACAAUUCGUCUACAAACUAUCUUGGAACAACCCGGGCGAUAUGAUCAUGUGGGACAACACUGCAGUCUGGCAUCGUGCGCUAGACGACUCAAAGUUCCAACACAAAUUCAAGAGAGACAUGCGUCGGACAAAUACUUUGGAUGAUGGACCCCAUGGUUGGGGAGAAAAUGAUCCGAACAACAACUGGAGAGUACAAGUACCCAAAGAUCCAUAUGCACAUGAGAAAAUCGUGCCAAAGGCCGCGCCCGCGGACCUUCUCACGGCGGUGAAAGUUGCAGUCUAG